GUUCCGGGGCGAAGCAGCAAGUAUGGCUGUCAGUCAUAUCAAAAGUGUCAAAACGUAGUCGCGUGUCACGCUGGCUCGGUCAUAAACACGUUUACCUGAGCGCGGAGGGCACCGGUAUGGACAAUAUCACGGACGGCUGGUUUAAGGAGACGUGCACGUUAUGGCCCGGUCAAGCCACGAGUCUCCAAGUAGAGGAGGUCCUCUAUCACAAGAAGUCCAAAUUUCAAGAUGUGUUGGUGUUCAAGAGUAAAACGUACGGCAACGUCUUGGUAUUGGAUGGAGUGAUCCAGUGCACGGAGAGGGAUGAGUUUGCAUAUCAGGAAAUGAUUGCCAACCUUCCCCUGUACAGCCACCCCUGCCCCAAGAAGGUUCUCAUUAUUGGCGGUGGUGAUGGUGGCGUGCUGAGAGAAGUGGUGAAGAAUCCGCAGGUCGAGUCGGUGGUUCUCUGUGAGAUUGAUGAGGACGUCAUUGAUGUCUCAAAGAAGUUCCUCCCAGGCAUGGCCAAAGGUUUCUUCAGUCCAAAGCUCACCCUGCACGUUGGAGAUGGCUUCGAGUUUAUGAAGCAAAACCAAAAUGCCUUUGACGUCAUCAUUACCGACUCAUCGGACCCUGUCGGCCCUGCUGAGAGUUUAUUCAAGGAGAGUUACUUUCAGCUGAUGAAGACGGCAUUGACAAAAGGCGGAAUUCUCUGCUCCCAGGGAGAGUGUCAAUGGCUGCAUUUGGACCUGAUCAAGGAAAUGCAAACCUUCUGCAAAACCUUAUUCCCAGUGGUGGACUACGCCUACGGCACCAUCCCAACUUAUCCCAGUGGCCAAAUUGGAUUCAUGCUCUGCAGUAAGAACCCUGAAACAGAUUUCCAAAAGCCGGUGAAAGAAUUGUCAAAAGGAGAACUGGAAAGCAUGAACCUGAAAUAUUAUAACACGGAGAUUCACACAGCGUCAUUCGUCCUUCCUGAGUUUGCAAGAAAGGUCCUCAAAGAAGCUUGAUUGGCCACAGGAGAGCAGCGUGUGUGUCCUCCACCUGCUCCUCGGUCCACAGAUGGACAAAUACAGCUCCUCCUCCUCCCCCUCAGCACCGUUCAGCCCCCCCCUCUAAGGUGUAGCCUCCUCGAGAUUUCAAGAUGUGUGUGGGGCGAGGGUCCUCAGCACCGUUCAGCCCCCCCCUCUAAAGUGUAGCCUCCUCAAGAUUUUAAGAUGUGUGUGGGGUGAGGGGGCCAAUGCCUCCCGUUUCUUUCCAACGUUCCAAGUCCUCAGCAACACCAGUGUUUAUUUCCUCAUGCGUUUCGUUACUCACUUUCCGAGCUUGUCUCAUGAGCAACCGAUGAUGACGCCAUCCAACCCUGACCUCACGCUCUAGGACCGUGCCGUUCAAAUGGCAUCGUAUGAUUGCAUGUAACUGCAAUGUGUCGUCGCAUUUUUCAGCGGAAACGUGCUCUUCUCCUUGCGGCGUCGCCGCGUGCCGUCUGUAUAUGUUGAGAA